GCAAUUUAAAAUUCUGUCAAUCAAGCAAAUAAAGGAAGAAAGCCUUAUUUAUAAAGUUGCCUGCUUCUGAUUUCAUUCCAUUGCUCCUCCGCCUCCAAGAGGGAAAAACAAUGAAGAUUUCCUUGCUCUGUAUUUUUCUAAUUUUAUGUAGUACCUCAGCCUGGGCAAAAGAUAAGCAUUAUUACAUUGGAAUUAUUGAAACAACUUGGAACUAUGCCUCUGACCAUGGGGAAAAGAAACUUAUUUCAGUUGACACGGAACAUUCCAAUAUCUAUCUUCAAAAUGGCCCUGAUAGAAUUGGAAGAGUCUACAAGAAGGCCCUGUAUCUUCAGUAUACAGAUGAAAACUUUAGUACAAUUAUAGAAAAACCUGUCUGGCUGGGGGUUUUAGGCCCUAUUAUCAAAGCUGAAACUGGAGAUAGAGUUUAUGUACAUUUAAAAAACUUUGCUUCUAGGCCUUAUACUUUUCAUGCACAUGGAAUGACUUACUAUAAGGAGCAUGAGGGGGCCAUCUACCCUGAUAACACCACAGAUUUUCAAAAAGCAGAUGACAAAGUGCAGCCAGGUGAACGGUGUACAUACAUAUUGCAUGCCAACCCAGAACAAGGUCCUGGCGAGGAGGACAGCAAUUGUGUGACCAGGAUUUACCAUUCCCACAUUGAUGCUCCAAGAGAUAUUGCCUCAGGACUCAUUGGACCUUUAAUACACUGUAAAAAAGAUUCUCUGCAUAAAGAAAAAGAAAAAAAUGUUGACAAAGAAUUUGUGGUGAUGUUUUCUGUGGUGGAUGAAAAUCUCAGCUGGUACCUAGAAGACAACAUUAAAACCUACUGCUCUGAACCAGAGAAGGUUGACAAAGACAACGAAGACUUCCAGGAGAGUAACAGAAUGUAUUCUGUGAAUGGAUAUGCUUUUGGAAGUCUCCCAGGACUCUCCAUGUGUGCUGAGGACAAAGUAAAAUGGUAUCUUUUUGGUAUGGGUAAUGAAAUUGACGUGCAUGCAGCUUUCUUCCACGGGCAAGUGUUGACUAGUAAGAACUACCGUGUUGAUACAAUCAAUCUCUUCCCUGCUACCCUCUUUGAUGCUUUUAUGGUGGCCCAGAACCCUGGAGAAUGGAUGCUUAGCUGUCAGAAUCUAAACCAUCUGAAAGCUGGUUUGCAGGCCUUUUUCUCGGUACAAGACUGUAAGAAGGCUUCAUCUGAGGACAACAUCCGUGGCAAACACGUUAGACACUACUACAUUGCUGCUGAGGAAAUCAUCUGGAACUACGCACCCUCCGGCAUAGACAGCUUCACCGGAGAAAGCUUAACAGCACCUGGAAGUGAUUCAGCAGUAUUUUUUGAACAUGGUUCUACAAGAAUUGGAGGCUCAUAUAAAAAGCUGGUUUAUCGUGAGUACACAGAUGCCUCCUUUGCAAAUCGAAAGGAGAGACGCCCUCAAGAGGAACAUCUUGGCAUUCUGGGUCCUGUCAUUGCGGCAGAGGUGGGAGACACCAUCAGGGUCACCUUCCAUAACAAAGGAGACUAUCCCCUCAGUAUUGAGCCGACUGGGGUGAGAGUCGAUAAGAGCAACGAGGGCACAUACUACAACCCAAGCAGGAAUGUGCCUCCUCCUUCAGCCUCCCAUGUGGCACCCAAAGGAACAUUCACCUAUGAAUGGACUGUCCCCAAAGAAGUGGGACCCACUUACAAAGAUCCUGUCUGUCUAACUAAGAUGUAUUAUUCUGCUGUGGAUCCCACCAAAGAUAUAUUUACUGGGCUUAUCGGGCCAAUGAAAAUAUGCAAGAAAGGAAGUUUACUUGCAAAUGGGAAACUGAAAGAUGUACACAAGGAAUUCUACUUGUUUCCUACAGUGUUUGAUGAGAAUGAGAGUUUACUCCUGGAUGAAAAUAUUAGAAUGUUUACAACAGCACCUGAUCAGGUAGAUAAGGAAAAUGAAGACUUUCAGGAAUCCAAUAAGAUGCACUCCAUGAAUGGAUUCAUGUACGGGAAUCAGCCUGGUCUCAAUAUGUGCCAAGGAGAUUCGGUCGUGUGGUACUUAUUCAGUGCUGGAAAUGAGGUCGAUGUACACGGGAUAUACUUUUCAGGAAACACUUAUCUGUCAAGAGGAGAAAGAAGAGACACAGCAAACCUCUUCCCUCAAACAAGUCUGAGGCUCCUCAUGCAGCCUGACACUGAAGGGACUUUUGAUGUUGAGUGCCUCACAACUGAUCAUUACACAGGUGGCAUGAAACAAAAAUACACUGUGAACCAGUGCAGGCGUCCAUCUAAGAGUUCAUACCUCUACCUGGGAGAAAGGACCUACUACAUCGCAGCGGUGGAGGUGGAAUGGGAUUAUUCCCCAAGUAGGAAAUGGGAAAAGGAGCUGCAUCGUUUACAAGAACUAAAUCUUCCAAAUGCAUUUUUAGAUAAGGAAGAAUUUUACAUAGGCUCAAAGUACAAGAAAGUUGUGUAUCGGCAAUUCACUGAUAGCACGUUCCAAGUUCCUGUGGAGAGAAAAGCUGAAGAAGAACACCUGGGAAUUCUAGGUCCACAACUUCAUGCAGAUGUUGGAGACAAGGUUAACAUUGUCUUUAAAAACAUGGCCACAAGGUCCUACUCCAUACAUGCCCAUGGGGUGAAAACGGAGAGUUCUACAGUGACUCCAACCACACCAGGUGAAACUCGCACUUACAUAUGGAAAAUCCCAGAAAGAUCUGGAGCUGGAAGAAAUGAUUCUCCUUGUAUUCCAUGGACUUACUAUUCAACUGUGGAUCGGGUGAAGGAUCUCUAUAGUGGAUUAAUUGGCUCACUGAUUGUUUGUCGGAAACAUUACUUGAAAGUACUCAAUCCCAUAAAGAAAGUGGAAUUUUCCCUUCUGUUUCUCGUUUUUGAUGAGAAUGAAUCUUGGUACUUAGAUGACAACAUCAAAACAUACUCUGAUCACCCUGAGAAAGUAAACAAAACCAAUGAUGAAUUCAUAGAAAGCAAUAAAAUGCAUGCUAUUAAUGGAAGAAUGUUUGGAAACUUACAAGGCCUCACAAUGCAUGUGGGAGAUGAAGUCAACUGGUAUCUGAUGGGAAUGGGCAAUGAAAUAGACUUGCACACAGUGCAUUUCCAUGGCCACAGCUUCCAAUACCAGCACAGGGGCAUUUAUAGUUCCGAUGUCUUUGACAUUUUCCCUGGGACAUACCAAACCUUAGAAAUGUCUCCCAAAACACCUGGAAUCUGGUUACUCCACUGCCAUGUGACUGACCACAUUCAUGCUGGAAUGGAAACUACUUACACCGUUCUACCAAAUGGAGAGACCAAGUCUGGAUGAAAGAAAUAAAUUGGUGAUAAGUGCAAAAAAACAAACAAACAAAAAAAACAAUGAUUCAUAACAAUGUAUAUGAAAGUGUUGAAUAGAAGGCUUACUUGGAAUGGCUAUAAGCAUUAAAGAAAAAGACUGAAAACAUACACUUUUGUGCAUCUGCGGGGAAAACUGUGUUACACUGUUUCAUACGAAAAGAUCAACAGACUGUAUUAUGACAGGACUGACUCUGAUACACUUGGUAAUAUAAUUGAUUAAAACACGUCAUUCAUAUUACCACCAUUAGGGCUUUACAAAACUGUAUUAAAAAAAAAAAAUCUAUGAGCAGAUGUUGUCCUGGACAGUCCUCAAAGGAUCACUAUUAAGAUUCAAUGACU